AUCAAAUUUUUUACAUAGUUUUUUUUUCAGAAAUAUUAUGUAGUUUAAAUUUCUUUACCUAGCAUAUAAAUCCGGAGAAAAAACUGGUGUAAACCCCGUAGUGUAAACCGUGCAAUGGGUUUAUUCAGUAAAGCUGUGGAUGGAAAGGAUGAGAAGGAAGGAAGGAAGAAUGACAAAGACUCAGCUCCGAAAAAGAAAACUAGUACUAUAGUGAAGAAAGUAAAUAUGCCGGAGCGGAGUAGGGUUGAAAGAAUCCUGGAGGGGGAACGGAACCGUGUAUCCACCCUACUCAUCACACUUACUCUUAUUAUUCUUCUCAGUACAGUUCUUCUUGUUAUAUGUUGUAUUUUCCUUGGGAGCUUUAAACUCCAUCUGUUGACGAUGGCUUCAAACAAUUUCCGUGGUGGACCAAUCCUCAUGAUAAUAGCCAGCUCCUGCAGUAUAGGGUUCUCUAUCCUCUCUAUAGCAUUAAUCUUUGAGAAGAAGAGGAACUUGUACGCCAUGUUCUCCGUGUUGGGUUGCAUAGUGUUCUGUAUACAGUUGGCAGCUCUCAUACUUGCCUUCAUUCUCAGGAAUAAUAUUCAAACUGAUCUUAAUAAGGUGAAUGUUGAAAGACAGCUUGAAAUGGCAGUAUCAGAUAAUUCUACAAUGGAAACCUGGAGCUCCUUACAAACCAGGUACAGCUGCUGUGGAGGAAGAGGAGCUAGUGGAUACAGAGAAUGGGAGAAAUAUCUUCUCUCUUCUUAUCCAGAUUCCUGCUGUACAGUACCCUAUCCAGACUGCGGUAUACAGGCUAAAAGGCCCCUGGAUACUGAUUUUACACAGAAAAUCUAUGAGAGGAUCCAUGUCAAGGGUUGUAUCACGACCAUCAAGGAGUCCUGGGAUACGUACGUCAUGCCCCUGCUUCUAGCCUGGGGGCUUAUAGGUAUAGUGGUUGCUUUGUGUGAGCUUUUCUUGAUUCUGUCUUGUGUACUGUUCUCUUACCACUUGAGUACUAGCACUCGGAGAACAAGAACAUCUAGUACAGCUGGUGACUGUCCUGUCCACGGUCAAAGAAAGGUAUCCGCUGUUUCCACCCAAACAGGCGUGGUGAGAAAACUCUCAGAACUAUCUGAAAAGAAUAGAAAAAUGUCGGAAUUCGUCACAGAAAAGCAUAGAUUAGCUGCAAAAGAAGAAAAUGAUGAGAAGAACGAUAAUGUCUCACCGUCGGAUGAACAAACUAGAAGAAAAAGUUCGCCGCUUGAGGAUAAAAACGGGAGAAAAAAUUCGCCGCUUGAGGAUAAAAACGGAAAAAAACGUUCACCACUUACGGAAGAGAAAAAAAUGUCUAGGGAAAAGAAAAAUCAGGAAAAUGGUCUGUGUAACAAUACUUUAAUCAUUGAAAACAUGAAAAAUGAGAGGAAUAAUCGGAAAACUGGGAAAGUUCAGAGAAAUUCGGUCAAAAAUGAUUCACUUUCGUAAACAACUUUUGUAAAAAAUAUUUCGAAAUUAUUUUUAAAAUUUUAUCAGAACCCUAGCCAUCAGUUAUCAUCUUCCUUAAAGGAAAUACAAAUCUUAUUAAAUAGUAUAUGCCUUAUUUAUAAUUUACUUAGUUUCUGAGAAACAUGAUCAAAAAACAUUAUUGUUUUUCUUCGAAAAAUAGUUCGAACCCACGGUCCAAUUAAGUAAGCAUUUUCUUUAUUUCCGCCAGUCUCAUUCUACACAGUUUUAUCCAUAAAACUAUGGAAGACGAUAUUUAGAAGUAGUUGAUGCUGUUAUAAAGCAAGUAGUUUUACCAGUUGCUUUAAAACCAAAUUUUUAAGUAAAAUAAUUUGUGGAAAAAGAACAAUUGCUGUAUUUUUAUGUGAAUUCCUAGGUAAAUUAGACUAGACAGCUCAUGUCGUCUUCACCAUACCGGAGUGUUUCAGCUGAUAUUAAAAAUGUAAACUUAGCUUUGUACUAGUAUCUACGUCCAUAUAGUAAAUUGAAUAAAAAGAGUUGCGGCAAGUAUUGUUACACUCAGUUCAUGGGGUGUUUUGUUUUGUUUAGAGGACCAGUAAUUCGUGUAAUUCACACCAUUCAGAAUGACAAGAUACUGACCAGUUAAAAAUUGUUUUCUACAGAUUGAACCCAAGAGCAAUAAGUAAAACGUAUUCACUGACCUUCUUGUAUGACGAGUUCAUGAUGUACAAUUUUCAGCUUUACAGUCUGCACUGCAGUCUGCGUGAACAAUCUAUUAUAAUGUAUCUAGGUGUGAAUUGGACUUUUUAAAGUCAUAAGUAUAGUCUAACAGUCGUCUUCCGAUUCUACAGCUGUUAAUUGCAAUCGCUGCACAGAUAUGUUGAAAAUAAAAAUUCAUGAAAUACUUA